GAAAGCCGUCUUCCACUUGGUGGGGAGUUCUGCUAUUUGAGAGCACUCGGGGGGACACGGGACGAGCACUUUACAAGUCUGACCUCUACUUGGUGAAGAGGAACACAAAAUGUCGGACGCAGUUGUCAGCUUCCUUAAGGAUUUUUUGGCCGGUGGCAUUGCCGCUGCUAUCUCCAAGACUGCUGUAGCCCCAAUUGAGAGGGUGAAACUAUUGCUGCAGGUCCAACAUGCCAGCAGACAGAUCACGGUAGAAACACAAUACAAAGGGAUUAUGGACUGCGUAGUGCGAAUCCCUAAGGAGCAAGGGUUCCUUUCGUUCUGGAGAGGAAAUCUGGCCAAUGUCAUCCGGUACUUCCCCACCCAAGCCCUCAACUUCGCCUUCAAAGACAAGUACAAGAAGAUUUUCCUCGGAGGGGUAGACCAGAAAACGCAGUUCUGGCGCUACUUCGCAGGAAAUCUGGCGUCUGGAGGAGCUGCAGGUGCCACCUCCCUGUGUUUCGUGUACCCACUUGACUUCGCCAGAACCAGGCUUGCGGCCGACAUCGGCAAGGGCGCUGCGGAGAGAGAGUUCAGCGGCCUGGGCAACUGCAUCGCCAAGAUCUUCAGAUCCGAUGGCCUUAAGGGUCUUUACCUCGGAUUCAACGUUUCUGUUCAGGGAAUCAUUAUAUACAGAGCUGCAUACUUCGGUGUCUAUGAUACCGCUAAAGGUAUGAUGCCAGAUCCUAAGAACGUACAUAUCGUUGUCAGUUGGAUGAUCGCCCAAACCGUCACUGCUGUGUCUGGCCUCGUGUCUUACCCGUUCGACACUGUAAGACGGCGUAUGAUGAUGCAAUCUGGUCGCAAAGGAGCUGACAUCAUGUACAAGGGCACAAUUGACUGCUGGAAGAAGAUACUCAAGGAUGAAGGAUCCAGGGCCUUCUUCAAGGGCGCAUGGUCUAAUGUCAUCAGGGGCAUGGGCGGAGCUUUCGUACUGGUGUUGUACGACGAAAUAAAGAAAUACACAUAAACAUUCAUUCACUAUUACACUGAAGGAAUCCUUCAACCUCCAUGAGUCUUAACCGUGUGAGAAAUAGUAAUAACAUGUCCAUAGUGAAUGCAGGGCUAGCUUUGUAUUUAUUGCAGUCUGCCAAAAGACGACUACACCUGGAGAGCAAACACAACGAAGACAACAUCAACUACAAGUCUGUGACUUACUCUAUUUUAUUGGUCUAGCACUGCUCUUUUAACCUUGCCAUAUGCACUAAUUUGUAAUGUGCCCUGCAGAAGAAAAAAUGCCUUAAUGUAAACAAUAAAAGGAGAUGUCCUUCUGACCAAUGUCGCAGAAAAUGGAAUUAUGUCCCUUUCGAAUCUGUACAUAUCUUUAUCAGUGCCUGAUAUGUAAAUGCAUGGUCACGUGUCUGGUCUGUUCUGGAGAGUUGGUGCCCAUUAAAAACAGGAAAUAAUAGUGUAAAGAAUUCAGUGAUUCUUUGGAAUAGAUCACUCAUCCCACAUUCGCACAACACAUAACAUUUUUUUUUUUUUUUUUUUGGAGCAACUGCUGUACAGCAAGGCCUUUUUUCUUGUGGUGCUACCAACCUGUGCUCUUUUAAUAAGAAUAAAAAUAAGGAAAUAAUUUAAGUAAA